AUGGCCAUUAAAGUGCCUCCUGGCCAGUCGCCGCCUUUCGAGACGAUAGACGACAAGCACCAUGGAGGUAUCAUUAUUAUCACCGCCGCUAUCUGCCUGGUGAUUUCGCUCGUCUGUCUUCUGAUCCGGGUGUACGUGCGGAUAUUCCUCAAUCCACCAUGGGGGUCAGAUGAUAUCAUCCUAUUGGGCGCGACGACAUCGGCUAUUGUUGAGUCAAUUAUCAUCUUUUAUGCCGCAAGCAUCGGCUUCGGGACAGACAUAUCGCUACUCACUGACAAGGCCUCCCUCCUUGGUGCCGACAUCCUCUACCUUUUAACUCUGUACCUGUCCAAAUGCUGUAUCAUAGCCAUCUACUUGCGCUUGACGCCCCGCAAGCGCCACAAGAGCGUCCUGUGGGCGACGUUCGGGCUCAGCACAGCUUGGAUUAUCGCGUCGGUGCUAGUUAUCGCAGUAAAUUGCGAGGGAAACAAACCGUGGGUUGUACCUGGCGAACAAUGCCGUAACCUGUUUCCCCGCUGGCAAGCAAUCACCGCACUGGACAUCUCAACCGAAAUCUUACUCUUCACUUUCUGCAUUGCCCUGGUCUGGGGUCUGCAGAUGCACAUCUCAAAUAAAAUUGUGAUCAUGGUAUCCUUCGCGGCGAGACUACCAUUAAUAAUAUUCUCCGGCCUCCACCUCUCCACCUUGAAAGAAUACACAGCCAUCAAAAACCCCACUUUCACCGCAAUCCGCCACACGGUCUUCACCCAGCUCCACCUCAACUUCGCCCUGAUAGCAUGCACGGUCUUCUGCCUACGCCCCUUCAUGAAUGCGCUCACAACCCAUUACGGCACAGCCGGUGACUCCAACCUUGGUAGUAGUAGUGGCGGGUACGGGUACGGGUAUGGGUCCAGGAGACGGGGGGAUACAGACCCCUACGCGUCGGGGCGAUCGCGGGAUUACGAGAUGGGAGCUGUGAAGGGACGGUCCGGGCGCGGACCGAGUGGCUUGUUCAAGGAGAGGCCAGAUGUGGGCGAUGGGACGGAGAAUGGGACGGUUGUUUGUGAGGCUGCCGGGCCGUCACGUUCGGGGGAGGGGAGGUCCGAAGGGGAUAGAGGCAGUAUGCGCAGUGGGAGCGAUGGGAGCACGAAAAUGAUUAUUCGGAAGGAUGUGGAAUAUUCUGUUUCUGUGGGGCAUUCAUAG